AAAUUUCAAAUGUUAUUAUAUUCUCUCAUAAAAUUAAUGCCUUUCAUUCUAAUUUAUUAGCCACUCUCUUCAUGCCAUUACAUAUACAUAAAUAAAUAAAUAAAAUUAUUUUUAUUUAUUUAUUUUCUCAAGAAUCUAGAUUCUUCUUUUCAAAAACCACAUAUAUAUUCAAAAAAAAGAUAAAUCAUUUCUCUUUCUUAAUUUUUCCUCCACUUGUAAAAAUUACAAAAACCUUUCUACCUCUUUCUUCUGCAUUUUGACAAAAAUGGAUGAAUCAAUUGUUUCAAGGUAUUGGUGUCACAUGUGUUCUCAAAUAGUCAAUCCAAUCAUGGAAAUGGUUGAAAUCAAAUGCCCCUUUUGCCAAAGCGGUUUCAUCGAAGAAAUGAACAACAACGAAGAGGGUUCAGAUAAUCCCUCUCAAAGUUCCGAUCUUGGAUCUGAUCGAGCUCUCUCUCUUUGGGCUCCAAUCUUACUAGGAAUGAUGGGUAAUCCCCGUCGCAGGAGAAGAUUCAGAGCUAUGGAUUUCGAUAACGAAGAAGAUGAAGAUGAAGAUGAUGAUGAAAUGGGUUUAAAUUCAAACCCUCACCAUGAAGGUGGAGAUGGAGAUACUGAGUUGGAUCGGGAAUUGGAAUCGUUUAUAAGGAGAAGAAGAAGAAGCUCAGCUAAUAUUCUUCAAUUGCUUCAAGGAAUUCGAGCUGGGUUAGCUUCAGAAUCACAAAAUUCUGAGUCUUUAACAGAAAGAGAUGAAAGAGAACGAGUUAUUUUGAUUAACCCAUUUAAUCAAACACUUGUUGUUCAAAGUCAAAAUGGUAAUGAUAAUAAUCAAAACCCAAUUGGGUCAUUGGGUGAUUACUUUAUAGGACCAGGAUUGGAUAUGUUGCUACAGCAUUUGGCUGAGAAUGAUCCAAAUCGGUACGGGACGCCACCGGCGAAAAAGGAAGCCGUGGAAGCUCUUCCCACUGUGAAAAUUAAGGAGAGUUUGAGUUUGUUGCAGUGUUCUGUCUGUUUAGAUGAUUUUGAGAUUGGUUGUGAAGCUAAAGAGAUGCCUUGUAAGCAUAAAUUUCAUAAAGAUUGUAUUUUGCCAUGGCUUGAGCUUCAUAGCUCUUGUCCUGUUUGUAGGUUUCAGAUUGCUUCUGAUGAAUCUAAGAAUGGUGGUAAUGAUAAUUCUGUGGUUGUUGUUGGAGAAGAAGAAGAAGAAGGAGGAGAAGAAGAAGAACAUAAUGAUGGAGAUGGAAGAAAUGGAAGUAGUAGUGGAAGAAGGUUCUCAUUGUCAUGGCCUUUCAAUUUGUUUUCUUCUUCUUCAUCAUCAACAUCAUCAUCAAAUGGAAAUGGAGGUAGUAAUGGUGGUGGUGGGAGUGGAAAUGGAAAUGGAAAUGGAUUUCAAGCAAAUGAGAAUUGAGUUGAAAAGUUUACAUAUUUUUUCAGGUUCUCUUGUUGUUUUGUUGUUCAUUUUACUAAGUUUGCUUCAAAUUGAAUUGAAUGCUUUUGUGUACAUAGUGCCAAACCUUUUUUACUUGUUGAAUAUGAAGCUACAAAGGUUAUAUAUAAAGCUUGUUUUUUUUUUGGCAUCA